AAAUGUAAACAACUUGUUUUUGUUUGCGUGAUUUUGAUUAGGAAAACCACAACUGUCAACACCAUGAAAGGAAAAGAUAUUUUAACAUGCAAAUGUGCGCACAAAUAUAUAAUUUUUAUCUGAAUCUGAAUAUGGUAUGUUGACGUUGAUAGGCGGACAAUAUUCGUAGAUUAUAUGAGAGUGUCUAAGUUAUAAUAACCUUUUAACAGUCGGAUAGCAUUUUGAGAAGGAUUAAAAUUUAAAACAAUUGUGUCAUCAACAUGUCUAUUAGAAAGUGUUUGUGUGGACUCAUUAUAGAAGGCAAAGAUUUAACAGUACCUUUGAAGGAGUCAAACAUCAAUGCAACAGUCCAGGGAUUUAUAGCCAAUGUAGAAAGUCAGCUGACCUACAUCAAUGAGACCACUGAAGCAUUACAGACUAGUUUUAUCUUUCCUUUGGAUGACAUGUCAGCUGUUUACAAGUUUGAGGCAUAUGUCAACAAAAAGCACAUUAUAGCAGAAUGUAAAGAUAAAGAAGAGGCUACACGAACAUAUAAAGAAGCAAUAUCAAGUGGCCACACUGCCUUGUUUUCUUCUGAGGCGAAUACAGCUGGUGAUAUGUUUGAAUGUAAACUUGGCAACUUGCCUGCUGGGGAGAGUGCAGUCUUAACCUUGUCCUAUGUUGUUGAAUUGUCUGUGGAGCCGGAUGGGAAAUUGAGAUUUAUUUUACCAACAGUGCUGAAUCCAAGGUAUUCACCAGAAGUUGGACAUGUUAUCGAAGCAGGCAGUGAACCUACUGCUAGCCAGGUGGACAUAAGAACUCCUUGUAAACUGACUUUCAGUGCUUCCAUCUCCGGUUGCUACAAUGUGGAAUCCAUUACCAGUCCUAUAGACAAACUAAAUGUCAAAAUCAGUGAAGAUAAAUUAUCAGCUUCUGUGGAUCUGGCAGAUAUGUUCCAGUUUGAUCAUGAUUUAUCAAUGGAUAUUGAGUAUGAAAACAUCAACAAACCAGAAGUCAUUUUAGAGCCAGGAAAUUUAGAAAAAGAUGGCUUACUGAAAGAAGAUCUUUUAAUGGUCAACUUCUAUCCUGAUAUUAAGCAAGGGACACACACAGAAGAUAGCAAGAGAGAAUUCAUUUUUGUUAUAGACAGAUCUGGCAGUAUGGGUGGAAAUAGAAUAGAAAAGGCCAAAGAGACUUUGUUAUUGUUGUUGAAGAGUUUACCUGUUGGUUGUUUGUUUAAUGUGGUUUCAUUUGGUAAUGAUCACAGAUUUCUGUUCAAAAAAAGUGAAAUAUACACUGAAAAAACAUUACAGAAAGCUCUUGGUGUUCAGUCCAAAAUGGAUGCUGAUAUGGGAGGAACAGAAAUAUAAGAGCCUCUUAAAAAUAUUUACAGUGGAAGCUGUAAGCAUGGCUACCCACGACAGAUAUUUUUGUUGACAGACGGUGAAGUGAGUAACACAUCUGAAGUUAUUUCAUUAGUCAGCAGUCAUAAGAAAAAUACAAGAGUUUUUACAUUUGGUAUUGGAGAUGGAGUUUCCACUAGCUUGAUAAAGAAUGUAGCAAAAGCUAGCAGAGGAAAAGCAGUUUUUAUUAAGGAUAAAGAUAACAUGAAAGCAAAGGUUAUAACUGCAAUGAAGUCAUCCCUAACUGACUGUUUACAUGAUGUAAGCCUGAAUUGGGAACUCCCUGAAUGCUUUACAGCUACUACCAUUCCUGUGGAACCACCUGUUAUUUUCAGUGGAGACAAUGUUGUUUUGUUUGCAGUGUUAAAAUCAUCAGAUAGAAAAGUAGAUGUUGCAGGCUCUUUGACCUUGACAGGGACAUUAGGAGGAAACAGUGUAUUCUAUAAGAUGAAGAUUAAAAGUACAAGAUCUCCACACAUCGAUCUACCAUUACAUCGUGUGGCUGCAAAGUACCAGAUUAAAGACCUAGAAAUUGAGGACAAGACAACGUUGUAUGGUAUCGAAUAUAGACAUGUGUUUAGAUAGGUGUGAAAUGCUUGAUGAUCUAGAAUGCAAAUCAGAAGCUCUUGCAUCUGGUGCAAGUACAUUUUUGGCAUGUGCAAAAAAGCAUAAGAGACAAUCUUGGUGGACAAGGUUUGUGCCAAGUUUGCCAAGUUUUUCAUGGCCAAGCUUCUUAAAAAGCAAGGCUACUGAAGAUCAAACACAAGUACAGAUUGAAGAAGAACAAGAAGGGCAAGGGUCAGAGGAUAAUGAUGACUCAUAUACAGAUGUUCCGUCAUCAAAUAAGUCGACAGGAGAUAAAUUGAUGGACCUUGUAUCACAACAAAAUUUUGACGGAUCCUGGGCUCCAACUCAAAGAUUGGCUACAAUAAUAAACACUACAGAAACAAAUUUGAAGGCAAAAUACAAGGGAAGUGUUUGGUGUACAGCAAUAGUGAUCAUUUUCCUGGAGACCAAUUUCAGUCAUUGUAAAGCAGAAUGGGGUAUGAUUUGUGACAAGGCAAUUCAAUGGCUUACAUCUCAAGAGAAGGAUGGGAAAACUGUUGAUGAAAUUUUACAGGAAGUCAAAGAGUCCAAUAUUGUCAAAAUAAUGUGAAAUAUAAAUAUAAUGUAGUUAAACCUGUCUAAUGUAACUCUUUUGGAUCCCAAGAUAUUAUAUCUAAAUUUUACCAGUAUUUGGUUCAAAAAAGUUUAGGAUAAUGGUUUGUCUUUUCACCAAUUUUCUUUUUCCAUGGAUUUGUCUUGAAAUUUCUUCUACUCAUCUUUGGUAACUAAAAAUAUGGAUAUUCUUCGUUAUAAAAGAAAUCAUUUGAAAUAAGGUAUACACCUUCCUCAUGCGUAGCUCUGAUUCUUUUUCAGAGAUAAGCUAUACUUGGGAACUUUUCUUUUUUAUCAGCUGUUCCUAGUUUGCAUUUAGUUUUGGAUUUACAAAAAUUUAUACCUCAAGCAUCACUGAAUAAACAUUACAUGUCAGAAAGGUCAUUUGAUUUAUCUGUUUAAUGUUAUUAUUACUGUCUGUAAAUUACUAAAGAAAACCAUUUGUAUGUAAGAUGUCAGAAUCCAGUUUAGACAGAUUAGCAGUUUAUGAAGGGUUUGAUUUAGUCAGGUUAAACUGUAUUUGUUAAAGUGUAAUAUAGCUAUGUGACUCAGUUCCAUUUAAUGCUUUAUAUAUGUGCAAUUUAGUGCUAUCAGUCUUUCAUUUAUAAAAUAGUUAAAGUAUAUACCCUGUAGCAUUGUAGUUUAUAUGAAGUAUUUAUGUAUCUGUGUUGGGAUUCAAUUAUUGGUUUAUUACAUUAUUUAAAACAUAAAUAUUUUAAAGCCCAACCUAGGGGCAUUAUGUUUUCCGUCCGUCUGUCCCGCUUCAGGUUAAAGUUUUGGGUCAAGGUAGUUUUUGAUGAAGUCGAAGUUCAGUGAAGUUGAAACUUAGAACACAUGUUCCCUAUGAUAUGAUCUUUCUAAUGCCAAAUUAGAGUUUUUACCACAAUUUCACAGUCCACUGAACAUAGAAAAUGAUAGUGCGAGUGGGGCAUCAGUGUACUAUGGGUACAUUCUGGUUUUUGGUGAUGUGUACACUGUGCAGGAUGUGCCCUUUCUAAUAUUUCCCCUUACAGGCCUUUUAUUUGACAUAUUUGUAAAUUUCUCAUAAAAUAUUUUAAAAUAAUUUUUUAUACAAUUUUUGUCUCACAUGCAAUCGCUAGAUUUUGUGAUUCAAUCAAAUAGGCUAGACGCCUCUGUGUUAACAGCUUAUUAAGAAAUUUUCACCCUUAAUUUUAGAAGUAGUUGUUGUUUCCUAAGAAAAAUAGUUGAUGUGUUAAUAAGUUAACAUGAACUUAUUUUUAUGUUAUAAGUUAUUAUAUGUAAAAACAACAUGCUUCAAAAUACUACUCAAGAAAACUAAACAAAGACACAGGAACCCCAACGAGAACCAGAGAGACAUCUUCAUUUUUCUCAAAAAUGGAUACUAAGAAUAGUAUCACUCACCUCAAGUUAAUAUAGUGACUUUUCUAAAUUAAUAAAGAUGUUAAAUAUUUUAAAGGACAUUAGCUACAAUUUAGACAAAAAAGAGGAUGAGUUUCCCAAAAUUGUUGCAUGUAUAUUUCUGUAUUGAAGAUACUGAACAUAUUAAUUUUUUUAACUAGUUAUAAAUAAUUUACAACAUUUUUUUUUAUAUAUUUUUUAUAGUUUUUAUUAGUGUUAUAUUACAUUUUUUUUAAAUUUUCAUAUAGAUUUGUAGAUGUUAUAUAUUUUGUAGAUAUUUUAAUUUAUUAAAUUUGUUAAUUUUAAA